AUGGUUGACGAAACAAGCGAAGAUCUUGAAAAUUUUCUAUCGAAAGUCGAUAAUAUUCAUCGUGUUGUUCAAGAUUUAUCAUCUAACGAUCAACAUGCAGUAUCUAAAGCAAUGCAAGAAUCAGAUACAUUAAUUAAGGAAAUAUCGAAAACGGGCGUGGAUCGCACCGUGAUAAAUAAAUCACCAUCGCAACCAGCUAAAGAAGAAAUAUCACCCAAUGCAUUUAUGAGCGCAUUAGAAAAAGAUGCUCAAAAACGUGCAGAAAAUCGACGUAAAAAUAAAAUUUUAGCUGAUGAAUUCAAAGCAAAAGGAAACGAUGCAUUUCAUCAACAAUUAUAUGAACAAGCGAUUGAUUAUUAUACACAAGGUUUGAACGCCAAAAAAGAUUAUGAUAUAUUAUAUACAAAUAGGGCACAAGUAUAUGUAAAACAAGGACGAUAUGAAGAUGCAAUUAAUGAUUGUGAUUGGGCUUUGAAAGUAACUCCAACAUACAUCAAAGCCUUUGUCAUCAGAGGCAAAUGUUUCAUUAAUUUAAAAGAAUUCGAUCGUGCUAAAGACGAAUUUACUCAAGCUGAACAAAUAGCAAUAACAAAUUUUGAACCUAUAGCAACGCGUCAAUGCAUUCAAGAAGUUCAACGACAACGUGAUAAACAUCAACGAGAAGAAUCAGCACGAAUAUUUCUAUCAAAUGAAGAUCCAUCGAAACCGAUGAAUUUAACAAACACACUUCAAAAAUUAAAUAAUGAUAAACAACCGAUUAUUUUCUAUGCAGGCGGACUUGAUCUUCUAUGCCAAUUACUAAAAGAUGAAACGACUCGAACAGCAUUCCGUGUUAAUAAUGGUUUUAAUUUAUUUAAUUCUCAUCCGAUUAUAGCAAAAACUGAUGAUCAGACUCUAUCUGAUUCGGUGUUUAAUCUCAUGAUUAUUAUUUGUCAAGAUGAUGAUGAAAAUAUAAAAGAAUGUUUGGAAAGUAAAUUUUUAAAUAAUUAUACAACGAAAAAUAUCUAUUCGUCGACUGCACUUCAGUUUUUCGUUGAUAUUUCAUUACAAAAUCAACCACGAUUGAUUUUGUUGCAAAAAUUUACAUCGAAUAAUUUUAUUCAAGGUCUAAUGAAUAUGAUCAACAAUAAAAAAUCGAAUGGAAUAUACGCUGCAAAAUUGCUAAGCAACUUAGCAAUUGAAUCAAAGAUUAAACAAUAUUUCAAUGAUAAGAAUGAAUUAAUAAAAUUAAUUGCGAUAUUAAAAUCGACGUCAAUGGAUGGGCAAAUUCGGACAACAAUUUUAUCAUUAUUAACAAAUCUUUGUUCGGAAAAAAACAUUCGACAUUGUGCUGUUAAUGAAACAGAUCUUCUUCAAAUAUUAAUUGACGAUUUGGGACAAAAUGAAAAUGAACACGAAUUAAAUUUAUUGGGAUUGUUAAUCAAUGUAACAAAUGAACCAAGUCCUAAUCUAGAAGAAACAUAUAAAAAUUUAUGUGAAAAGAUUCUAACUAAACUGAAGCAUUCUACACAUCAUCAACGUAUGUUUACAUUAUUAGGCAAUGUUGCUAUGCAUUAUGAACAAGCUAUUGAUAUUCUUGUUGAAAAUAAAAUUACUGUUUCGAUUAGUCAAGCGUUACAACAGGAUGCCGAUGAAGAAAAGAUUCGCGCUGCUGUAAGACUUUUGGCACUAUGCACCAAAUCGAAUGAUCAAGGACAACAAGCUGUUGCCAAUGAUAAAAAACUUUUAUCCCUCAUCUAUGAACAAUUAAUAACAAGUCAACAUUCGUUACUUAUUGGUAAUAGUGCAUUAAUGUUCGGAAAUAUCAGUGCUCAUCCAUCAACACGUCAAUUUUUACAAAAAAAUCCAGGAAUAGAAAAAAUCAUUGGUCAAAUGUUAAAACUAGUCGAAGAAUCAUGGUUAAGUAAAGCAGCAAAGAAAAAUGUGGCUAUAUUUAUUACUAAAAUGGUUAAAGCUGAUGAAAACUUCUUAGAGGAAUACCGAAAACAACAUGGUACUGAAAUUCUACAUUCAGCUCUCAAAGAUGUUGAAUUGUGA